AUGUACCGAUGGAUCCUGACUGUUGUGAUUGGAGUCUCGGUCGCUGCCUCUGCGCAGGUGGUUCAGAGCCUGAUUUCCCUGCUCAUCGGGUUUCGCAACCAAAUGCUUCAAAGCCUCUUUGACCAGCGGAGGACCGAGGCCGAUAUUCUCAUCUUCUUCACCAUGUACAACGCUGGGCUCGUGCUCAUCGCCGGUUUUCUCGUUGUCUUCCUGGAGCCGCGGGCGGCGGCCGAUGGCAUCUCAGAGAUCAAGGCCUACCUCAACGGCAGCAACAUCCCCAACUGCUUCUCCGUCCAGACCAUCAUCGUGAAGCUGCUCGGGUCGAUCUUCGCCUCCUCGGCAGGGCUUGCUUGCGGUCCCGAGGGCCCUCUCAUCCACAUCGGAGCAGGCAUCGCGCACGCGGUGACGGCAGUGGACAAGAUCUACACCUUCCUGCCCUGGCUGCCCCACUCAGUCCUCGCUCAGUUCCACAACGACAGGGAUCGCCGCGAAUUCAUCGCUGCUGGGGCUGGUGCAGGCAUUGCGGCUGCGUUCGGGGCUCCCAUAGGAGGCGUGCUGUUUGCGCUGGAAGAAGCUGCUUCCCACCUGUCGCCGCAGCUGAUCUGGAGGAUCCUGACGUCGGCGCUCGUUGCCACCUUCACCCUGGCGCUGAUCAAGUCGAACGGUACAGGAGGAGACAUCAGCCUUGCCGGCCUCCUCUCCUUCGGCACGGCCAUCUCCAUCGGAGACGCCAAGGAGCGGACGCUGAACUCGGAUGGCACGGACAGCGUCAGUGCUCUGGACGCUCCCAUCUACGUCUGGGAGCUCUUCCUCUUCAUCAUCCUCGGGGCCGUAGGAGGAGUUUUCGGUGGUUUCUUUGGCGCAGGUUUCGAUUUCCUGACCCCUCGGCGCCCCCGAUCGCGAUUCCUCAAGAUGGUGGAAGUCCUGCUCAUCUCGCUCGCCACGAGCUACUCCGUCUUCUUCUUCGCCUCCAACUACCCGGUAUGCAGGAACGACGGCUCAUGGACGUGCAAGGAGGCAGACAACUGGGGCGGGUGGCUUGGAUGCCCUGAGGGGCAGUACGACGAGCUUGCGACGCUCUUCUUCGGUAGCAAGGAGCAGAGCAUCGUGAGGAUGGUAACCCAAGCCUGGCCGCACGAGCCCUUCAGCAACACCUCGCUCUUCAUCACCUCCAUCCUGAACCUCUUCCUCAUGCUCAUCACGUACGGCUCUCCCCUCCCCGCUGGUUACUUCAUGCCCAGCUGGCUGGUUGGCGCCUCCAUCGGCCGGCUCUUCGGGCAGCUCGUCAAGGCGUAUGUGGGAAGCAGCGUCUACUCGGGGGCGUACGCACUGGCAGGGGCAGCGGCGAUGCUGGGAGGAGUACAGAGAACUUCGAUCUCGCUGGUUUUCAUCAUCGUGGAAUGCACUUCCAACGUUCACUUCCUGCUGCCGAUCGUGACGACGCUCAUGGUGGCCAACUUCGUGGCGCAGAAGUUCACCAAGGAGGGCGUCUUCGACAUCUCUCUGCGCCACCACUCUCUCCGCUUCCUCCCGCACCACCCCGACUGGCUGAUGAGCCUCUGCACAGUCUCCGACGUCAUGGCCAACCCCGUCAAGUGCCUCCACACCGUCGAGAAGGUUGGCAACAUCAUCGACCUGCUCCGCAACUGCCACCACAACGGAUUCCCCGUCCUCUCCCUGGAAGGGAGCAGAGACGAGAACUGCAUCCCCAGGGACCGCCUUGAAGGUCUCAUCCUCCGUUCUCACCUCCGGCACAUUCUGGGCACGAGGUUCAUGCGCGACGGCAGCACGCGAGACAGCCUGUGGAGCCGAAUCACCGCAGCCAGGAUGUCAGAAGUCUCGCUGGACGGAGAGAUCGAGCUGGUGAGGCGCAAGGGCGUUCUCCUCCCUCCUGCUGACGACCGGGAAAGAUACGUCAACCUCGCCGCCUACAUGAAUGCUGCUUGUUACAGCGUCUACUCUCAGUGCCCAUUGUCAAGGGCCUACACCAUCUUCCGCUCCCUGGGCCUCCGGCAUCUCCCGGUGGUGAACCAGAGGUUCGAGGUGGUGGGCAUGUUAACCAGAGCCAACUUCUCUGAGAGAGUUCUGUACGUCUCUCCCGCCUGCUGGGACUUGGCUGAGGUGGCUGCAGGCACCUUGCUAUACACUCCUACUACACCGAGGAGGAGCUCGUCCUCGACGCCCACGACGCCCCCAGCUGGCCUCGACUGCACUCGCGAGAGAUCCUCGAGCGGCAGCGGACGCGAGAGCCUCUCAAUGCCGGCAGCGAGCUCGUGCUCCUUGGCGGCCCCUCGGAGGGCUGGCAAAGUCGCCUGGUCAGUGCCCUUGAGCUGGGAGGGUAUCGCAGGAAAAGGGAGAGUGACAGGAAAGAGCUUGUAGAGUAUCUCAGCAUAUCUAUUCUUUCACAUGCCGUUAAUGCUUCCCG